AUGGUUCCUCGCAAGCUUAAACGGGAUUCCGCAGUACAUCCACCCCUGGAAAAGGCGCUUCCACCAACACCACCAGAGCAAUACGCCCAAUACAUGGAAUUGAAUGAAGAAUUAACAGACUUCGAAGACGACAGCUAUAUAGAACAGUACAAUGAGGUGCGCUUCCAAAAAUUUGAAGAUUCUCAUUUGAGACCAAGUUUUAACAUGAAGAAAGAAGGGAAAGGACAAGCACAAGCACAAGCACAACAACAAGCACAAGCACAAGCACAAGCACAACAACAAGGAUCGAAGAAAAAAGAAUUGAACCAAGAACUGGACAGUUUGAAUACGGUUGAAACUGACGAGGUUCAAGGCUUUCCAUUAAACAAUUACAAGGAACAACCACGGCUCAUUCAGAAGGAGGCGACGUCAAGUACACCCAUCUCAACGUAUCUCACACCCGAACAAGGACUAAAUCAGAGAGAUUCUACCGGAGGACGACUACCGAGUCCCACAGUCAACGUCUCUAGUGGUAAUGGAUCCAUAAGAACAAAACCGCCACCACCUGACGCUGUCGACGAAGACAUUGAAAGCAUGAAGGACGAUUACAAUGACUUGGAUAUUUCUUCAGGCACAAGCACAGGCAAGAGGCUGAGCACGUUUUCAAUGGAUCUGGUUACGAGGGGAAAGGGUCCAGAUAUGUUGAAGAAGAUGUCGUUUUCCAGUUUAGGAAGUAAACUUGGGAGCAAUAUCAAAAGGUUUUCCACGAGUUCUGCUCGCACAUUUGAAAGACAUGAUCAAAAAAGCAAUGACCGAUUAAGUGUACCAACAAUGAAUGACAACAAACCUAUUUAUACAACCGACUUUGCAGAACCCCUGGCGAGACCUUUUUUGUUUUCUUCUUCUUCUCCUCCUCCUUCUUCACAUUUUUCUCCUCCUGCUCCUCCUCCUUCGUCUUCCUCAGUUGAACCACAAACUCCAUCUCACGAACCUUCACAAAUGAGAGAAUUAAUGCAAUACGGAAUGAGCCCCUUUUGGAAAUACCAUAUUCUCAAACUUGGUAAAGAUUUGUAUCUUACCACAAACCCUGGGGCAAAACAUUUGUAUUGCAGGACAGCCCCUGGCUUCUAUGUUGAGGUCAAGGCAUUGUCCCACGAUACUAAAGUUGACCGGCAAAAGGGGUACACUUUGGUUUUCAAACACGUGGAUGCAACAGAGCAUAAUUCUAUGCAGACAUUUAUGCAAAUAACUAAAGCACCCGAAAGAGACGGUGGGUACUUUACAGUACGGCUACCCAAAGAUUUGACAAAUACUAGUGAGGAAAUAAGGACAGAAACGUUGAAAGGAUUUGAAAAUAAAAGCUCAGAAUGGUUCAAUGCAGUAUGUUUUCCGCAACCAAUUCAGCAUGAUUACUUUCCCUUUGAUGAGCUCAAAAAACGAAAUGUUAAGUUUAUGCAAAACUAUGAAGUCAAGGAUUUCAAAGGUGUAUAUUGGAACAUUGGAUCUAUUCCUCGUGUUCGUACGAGUAAACUCAAUAGCGUCAAACUGAAUUACAAGAAACAGACGAGGCGGUAUCAAAAACUACAUCAACACCAUCAACAAUAUCAACAACAUCAACACCAUCGUUAUGAUCAUCAAACUUUCCUCCCUCAAGAUCAUAACGAUGAAAUAAACAUUGAUGAAACACUCAAGUUGACGCACAAGAGGAAUAUAUAUUUCCAUCAAAAUUAUAUUGGAAGAACUAGUGAGCCACGAUACAAGGAGACUGAUUUUCGAAAAAUUUAUGACCAUGAACUAUAUCCCGAAUUUCCUCCUGUGCUUUGCAUGUUCCGGCCAUAUGUAAAGCAAGUGGCUUCGCGAUUGACUGACUCAUUAAAAAAUAAGGCAGAUACAGGGUCGAGGUACAUCCCAUCCAGUCAAGCUGACCAGAUAUUUCCACUUACUACGGACCGCAAGAAAAAAUAUUAUAAAGGAAGCGAGGGAUUUAGUGCACAGAAUGAAGCCGACGAUACUCCUGAUGAAAACAAAAUGGGCUGGAUUACAGUUUAUGAGGACUUGAGUGUUUUUGGUGGUUCUUCAAACCAGGGGAUGUUUGAUUUCGUUGUUGGGUUAACUUUGGCAGUGGGGUUUGAUAAUAGUUUUUGA